AUGCUGGUGCAGGAAGAAAUCGUUAAGAAAGUCAACAAGAGUGGGAUGUGGACAAUCAUGGCCGAUGAAACCACAGACAUGGCGAACCGCGAACAGAUGGUAUUGGUCGUCCGGUACGUCGAUGCAACUGACGACGGAUUCGUGAUCAGAGAGGAUCCCAUCGCCCUGAUGGACGUGAUGACCACACUCCGACAGUCUUCCGAUGCGACCGAGAUCAAGCUCUCAGGAGCUAACCUGGCCAAAGUUCUUGUGGGAAAGGUUGAGAACCUGCGUCUUGAUAUGUCAAAGCUGGUGGGCCAGUGCUACGACGGCGCAGCGUCGAUGUCGAGUGAAAAAGUCGGCGUCGCGGCCUGCGUAAAAGAAAAGGCCCCUCUGGCGGACUACUUCCAUUGCGCAGUUCACGCAGUCAACCUUUCAACGUCGCUCAUCAGGAAAGUGGCUGUCGUGAGGAACGGACUGGAUGCCAUGGAGGCAGCCAUCACCUUCCUAACGGACGGUGCCAAGAGGGGCGAUCUCAUCCAGGCGAUGCGCAAGGAAGCUCUGGGUGAUGCCUGUCAACAAAAGCUGGUAAAGCUGUGUCACACACGGUUUGUUGAGCGCCACCUCGCCGUUCAGCGCUUUUGUGAACAGCUGCCGGCCAUCAACCGUGCCCUCGAAGCGAUGGCGACCUGGGACGACAGCCGGUCCAGCUCAAAAGCGACGCUGGUCCUGAACACCAUCUCGAAGACAGAGUUCCUUGUGGGUGUGUUCAUCGCAGAACGCCUCGCCGGGAUACUGAAACCCCUGGCUGCCUCCCUCCAAGAACAAGGAGCUGAUCUGAUGAAGGCUCUCGACCUGAUCGACGCCGUGAAGCAUGUCAUAAAAGAGCAACGGCAAUCCAGUGAAGAACAGUUCACUUCUGUGAUGGAACGAGUCGAAUCGGCAGCUCAAGAGCUGCAUGUGGAGCUGAAAAAGCCGCGUCUCGUGAGCAGAUCGGCGCACAGGGGAAAUACCGGUGACGAUGAUGAUAGCGUCACUGAGUACUACCGUCUCAACGCAUUCAUCCCAGCCCUUGACUACGUGCUCCAGGAUCUCGAGCUGCGCUUUGGGAAACAUGUCAACCUGGUGGCAGGGCUGGGCGUCCUCAUCCCAAGGCGGCUGGCGAGGAGCGGUGCUGAAUGGAAGCUGCUGCAGCCAGCACACGCCAAGCUCCAGCAGCUCCUAGAGGGUGUGACAGAGUCUCAGCUAGAGGCUGAGCUUCGAGUGUGGGAAGCCAUGUGGAAGAGCAGGCCAGAGGCCCCAGGGACGGCAAUCGGGGCGCUGAAUGAGUGCCCGGUGACCGUCUUCCCUGGCAUUCACGCUCUUCUGCGGGUGCUGGCAGUGCUCCCCGUCUCCACCGCAGAAGCAGAAAGAACGUUCUCAAAAGUGACUCGGACCCUCACUGCUCUGAGGGCGAGCAUGCGUGAAGAGCGCCUCGAGGCGCUGGUGCUCAUUCAGACACACCGGGACCUGCUCCCAGACUACGGCAAGGUGGUCGACCGGUUCGCCGCUGCAGGGUCUCGGCGACUCAACUUCCUGCUGCGCCUGUAG